AUGGCAGAGCGGCCACCAAGCGGCCACACACGAAAUCGCGAUUCGGAUGCUAUAACUGCAAGACACGCAAAAUUAAGGUCAGCAAAAACCAUCAUGAACUUCAAUAUUUAUUCUCAGCUGAUCACAAAAACAAAAGUGUUCAGAAACGAAGCCCGACUGAAAUGCGAGUAUCCCACGCGUGGCGUGCGGAGUGACGAUGAUAAUAACGGGGUCAUCGAAGUCAUUCGUGUUCAACCGAAUCCAACACCCUUCUCGGUUCAGGACAUGGGUUUCUUCCACCAUUAUAUGAUGGUUGCUCAUCCAUACCUCCCAUUCGGUAGUGAUAACGCUUGGGUAGCGUCCAUCCCACUACUUGCCCACCAGCAUGAGUUCGUUAUGCAUGCCAUCCUAGGCCUUGGUGCGUCGCAUCUUUCCGUUAUUCGCCCGAGUAGAGAUCCCAUCACUGCAGCGAACGCAAUUGAACACCGGGGGUUGGCUAUAAAGGGCUUAAACCAGCUUAUGGCAAAACAGGAUCUAGACAGCAAAGAGCUGGAUGCUAUGCUUGCAGCCUGCUAUGCCCUCACCAUGCAGUCAGGCUACAUGUUCGAUGCUCUCAUUGACUUCGUGGUAUUCAUCCGUGGAUGUUCUUUGGUUACGACUAAGAUAAGACAGAAGAAUACUGGCAAAAGCUUGUUCCCAGUUGAAGAGACUGUCGAUCUUGCGAAAUUUCUUCCAAAGGUCAUAGAUCCUGUAAAUGUCGACCCGGCACUGUUGCAGAGUGGGAUUGAAUCAGUACAAUCACUGACGCCUCUCUUGGAGGAUGAAGUCCACCACUACUUCUGGAAAUGUCUACUCAAUACCCUUUUUGCUGCCCAGGAAUCUUCCGAGGACACUUUUCGAAUCUAUGAGAAAAACUAUUCUGCAUGGUACAACCUCAGUGAAGCCCAGUUUUCAAAAUUCAUCUCGGCGGGGAAUACCACGACGCUCAUCCUAUUUGCCCAUCACAUAGCCAUUGAGACCAUGAUGAUUCCAAUGCUUCUAUCCGUUAUCCCUGAACGCGCAAGGGUGCCCGAGGUGACAUUAUACCAGAUUCAAUGGGUAGAUGUCAUCUACAGACAAUUACCUCCUCGUCUUAAGAAAUAUAUCAGGUGGCCAAUUGAGGCUAUCUAUUACUGGGGUACUGAGUAUAAAAUAUUUUCUUUUGAAGUGGGAAGCAGGCUGCAGAAAAAUUUCCUAAAUUAUGCUGAAAAAUAUGAUAACAGAGGGAUAACGCUACCUAUACAUGCGAAAAUACUAAACACACCCGAAUGA